AGCAUAGUGGGUAUAGUACACGCAAUGGGCUCUUUGAUUCCGAGAAGAACAAGUACGAAUCCCAAAGGCAAUCAACGGAGUGCUGCUAACAUGCGCCACGGUCCAUUGGUGGCAUUAUUCUCCCGCCAUCAUCAAGAAAAGCGCUCCGAACCAAAAUUCCUCUUUCUCUCUCUCUAGAAGGAAAGAAAGAAUAGGCAAUGGAGCUGCCGGUGAUAGAUCUAGCACCGUAUCUGGAGAAAUCAGCUAAAUGUAGCCGGGAAGUAGGAGAGAAGAAGUUGGAUGAUCCAAAUCUUCAGAAGCUGUGUGAGGAGGUGAGUCGAACCCUAGCACAGACCGGAGCUUUGCUUGUCAAAGAUCCCAGAUGCUCCGCCCAAGACAACGAUCGCUUCAUCGAUAUGAUGGAGAAGUAUUUCCAACGCCCACCACAAUUCAAGCGCCUCCAAGAGCGUCCUCACUUGCAUUACCAGGUUGGGGUAACACCUGAAGGAGUUGAAGUUCCUCGUAGCUUGGUUGAUGAGGAAAUACAAGGCAAGUUAAGAGCAAUGCCCAAAGAGUUUCAACCCUCCACUCCCAUGGGACCAGACCCAAAGUGGCGGUACAUGUGGAGAGUUGGUCCUCGGCCAUCAAACACCCGCUUUCAGGAACUGAAUGCUGAGCCAGUCAUACCUGAGGGAUUUCCCGAGUGGAAAGACACCAUGGACUCCUGGGGCUACAAAAUGAUAUCUGCUAUAGAGGCUGUUGCAGAAAUGGCAGCAAUUGGGUUUGGCUUGCCUAAGGAUGCAUUCACUUCUCUCAUGAAGCAGGGACCACAUUUGCUUGCUCCAACGGGGAGUGACCUUCAACGUUAUGGCCAGGAGGGCACUGUGUUUGCUGGAUAUCAUUAUGACCUUAACUUUCUAACAAUUCAUGGCCGAAGUAGAUUCCCUGGUCUAAACAUUUGGCUUAGAAAUGGGCAAAAGAUGGAAGUGAAGGUUCCUAUAGGUUGUCUCCUUAUUCAGACAGGAAAGCAGAUAGAAUGGUUGACAGCAGGAGACUGCAUAGCUGGUAUGCAUGAAGUUGUUGUGACUAAUAGGACCACUGAUGCAAUUAAACUAGCAUUGCAGCAAGAUCGCAGCCUUUGGAGAGUAUCCUCAACGUUGUUUGCACACAUAGCUUCUGAUGCUGUGCUGAAGCCUUUAGGCCACUUUGCUGGAUCUCCAAUUGCCAGCAACUAUCCACCCAUUUGUGCAGGAGAGUUUGUAGAACAAGAGCUUGCUGUAAUUAAUCUCAAAGGAAACAAAGGAGAGCUUUGAUGAAACAUUAUCUGAGAAAGCAUGUGUUGUUUUCCCUUGAAGAAGCUAACAGCAUUUCAAGAUUGUUGUGAUGAAAUGAGUCAUGAAGUAGGUUUGAUUAAUAGUGUCCCAUUGUUUAUCUGUCUGGAGAUUAGAAUAAUUGGGCCUUUUAAUCAAGCCAUUGUGCAUGUUUGUUUUAUGAUGAAGUAGGUUUGAAUAAUAGUGUCCCAUUGUUUAUCUGCCUGGAAAUCAGACUAAUUGUGCCUUCUAAUUGAGCCAUUGUGCAUGUUUGUUUUAUGAUAUUUGCUGAGUUCUCAACAUAUUUCUGAA